AUGGCGGAGGGUGCAACGACACUCAAGGGCUUGCGAGCCCAGAUGGCAAAUAAACCUCUGUUUGUUUCCCUCCAUACAGCUGCAGCUGCACAGGCACAAGCCGAGGAGCGGCGGAGCUUGGCAGGGAACAGUCCUGGACCUACAUCCAACGCACCAGCCAAACCUCAGGGGUGUAAGCCAGUCAUUGACGGUGCCUCGCUUAGAGUAGACGACCGACUGCGAGUGGCAAAAGAGAGACGAGAAGAAGCAGAGAGACAACAGGCCUUAAAGGAGUCUCAGAUCAUGGAGCGGGAGCGGAAGGCCAAGCUUGCGGUUGAGCGCCAGAUGGAGGAGCGUCACAAAAAGGUUGAGGAACAGCGAAGGAAGGAGGAGCAGAAACGACUGGCUGUGGAGGAGAAAAGGAAACAGAAGCAGGAGGAGGAAAAGGAGCACUAUGAGGCAGUGAUGAGGAGGACAUUGGAGCGUAGUCAGCGAGUGGAGCAGAGGCACAAAAGAUGGUCCUGGGGAGGACUUAUCAUUGACCAAGAUGGGCGAGCAGGAGAUUCUGAUGCCAGCGUGUCAUCUCCAGUAACUAUAGUUGUGUCCCCUGCCUCACCAGAAAAGCCACCGAGGAGUGGACAAGUUGAGAAACGCUCCACAUCCACCACAAACCUGAAACAGCCACCCGAGGCUGGCAUCAGCAAACGCUUAUCCUCCUCCUCUGCCACCCUCAUCAAAUCACCUGACAAACGUGUUAAGCCAAGGAGUUCGUCUUGUAACCGGUUGCCAAGCAAUGGCAAUGCUGCUCAGGCCAAUAAGGAAGAUGGAAAAAAGCUUCAGGUGGAACAGUCAGGCCGUUCAGUGAAGAAGAGAAGCUCUUCCCUCACACGAGUAAGUGUGGGCAAAGCACAGACCCCUACCAAGCCUGAUAAAGGGACAACGGAUGAUCAAGCUCGCAGGCCACCGGCCAGUACUGUGGACGGAGGGGUCCUUAGUCGCCUGCUCACGCCCACCCAGGCGUCACUAGCUAGGAGCAAGAGUGCCGCCGCCCUGUCCGCUGAAGGAACAGAUGCCGCAGAGUGUCACCUGUGUCCUCGUUCAGCCUCAGCCAGUCCCCUGCACCCCCCGCGUGGACCCCUGCGCAGUCGCAGCAUUGACCGGCAGAAGGGCGGCAUGACCACAUCUGUGUCGGCCGACGGAGCUCUCGAUCCUUCUCUGAAGGACAAGCCAUUAUCAUCUCAGGGGCGUCCCCCCUCCCCAUCCUCUAAUCUGGGACGCAACCGCUCACCAUCUCCAGCCCCCAAUCCAUCUCCAAAGAGGGCCCCAUCCCCAGCAGCUGCCAAGCAAAGCCCUAAGAUGCGUCCACCCUCACCAGGUGCAAUGAAACAACGCCCCCCAUCUCCCCAGCCCACAUCAACGAAGCCGCCUCCAAUCCAGAAACCAUCUCUGACUCCAACGGGACCCGCAACCUUACGAAAGAGGGACUCCAAGUCCAAGGAUAUGUGCCCACCUCAGUCUGCGGCCUCACAGGCUUCUGAUGCCAGCAAGUCCAAAGAGAAAGAUGGUGAGCCAGGUUCCGCGACGGGCACAAACUCGGCAGCAGAGGCAGCUAAAAUCCUGGCGGAAAACCGCAGACUGAUGAGAGAGCAGAAAGAGCGAGAGGAGCAGCUGAGGAUACAGAGGGAGGAAGAGGAGAGGCUGAAAAAAGUAGAAGAGGAUCGUUUGGCAGAGGAAGCUCGACUGAAACGUCUGGAAGAGGAAAAGAGGCUUGCAGAGGAGAGAAAAAUUAAAGAUGAAGAAGAAGCCCGCCUUGCAGAGGAGGAAAGGGUGAAAUUAGCAGAGGAAGAAGCCAUAAAACAGGCCGAACUGCAGAAAGAGCGAGAGGAGGCUGAGGCCAAGGCUCUGGAAGAGGCCGAGAGAGUCCGCCAGGAGAGAGACCGCAUUAUGCAGCAGAACCAGCAGGAACGCAUGGAGAGGAAAAAGAGAAUUGAAGAAAUAAUGAAGAGAACUAGGAAAGGGGACCCAAAUGACCCUAAGAGAGAUGAUGAUAAAUCCCCACAGGACAAUGACGAUGAUGAUGAUAUGGACCAGCUAGACUGUGAAACCAAAAGAGAUUUUCCAUUGAAGGAUGACAUCAAGCAAGGGGUUUUUUGUUUUUCACACCUGCAGCUUGUUUGUAUGACCAUACAUUCAUUCAUAAAUAUUGUAGACUAUCCAGAAGACAUGGACAAGGAGGGUGUCUCAGAUGACCUCUCGUGUGGUGAGCCCGCGGUCAGCCAGGAGCCGCUGGGCAGCGUGAAUGGAAAACCAGAGACGGAGGACAAGGAGAAUAACAAUGGCACAGAGGAGACUCAGGCAGUCAGCCCCGCCCCAAAGAGCUGCCAUGUCGAGGGCUCCGAGUUCCUGAACGAGCAGGACGCCACCAAAGUGGGGCUGGUCUCCAGCCUCAAUGUGAAGUCCAACCAGUGGAGCUUUGAGGAACUUAUCGAUGUCAACGCGCACUCCAAGACCCGACCGCUCAUCGAGGCAGAAGACUGUAACCAGGUUCUGAUCAACUGUGACGGGCGCUCCGACGGGACCCGGGUAGCCUUCGAGGACAAGGGGUCCCCCAUCAAUAGUCUGCAUUCCUCUAAUCAGCCCAUAGAAGCCAUGUCAGGUGAGGCGCCGCCCCCGCUCCAGGUGCCGCCCCGGCUGGCCGUUCCCAUGGACUGA